CUGUUUAUUGUUCCAACAUCUCUUUGGUUGUAUGCACACCACACAGUGAAAUCCACCAUACGAUGUUUGAACUUUAGCCCUUAGCACAUUUGUUUAUUUUUAUUUCGUAUUAUGGAAGAUGAGUGACGAUCAAGAAAUAUUCUAUGUGUGUAGUUGUUACUACACACAUAACAUAUUUUUAUCACAGUUCAGUCUCCACGUAACAUAUAUUGAUGAUGAGACAUUCAGCAAAAACUGGAGACAGAUUCUUAAAAAUAAAGGAUGUACUUCUGAUGAAGCAUAUACAGAUGUGCUAAAACAGGUUAAGACAGAAGUGGAACGUAGAAAAUCACUUGGCCAUAAAUAUUUGGAAAGGCGGCAGAAAAUUUCAGAAGGCUACACACCUCUUCACCCUAACAUUUACAAGUUACAGACAUCUUAUCUGAGCCCUAAGUUUCUGGAGCUAGUUGAGGUUAGCAAGCAGGACAGUACAUCCAAGGAAAACUUACUAAAAAGAAUCAAUAUUGAAAAAGGAGAGCGUAUUUACUCUUUUCCAAUGUUUACUGAGGAAUUUUGUCACUUAUUUAAAGAAGAAAUUGAACAUUUUGAGGGCACAGAUUUGCCAAAAGGAAGGCCUAAUACAAUGAACAAUUAUGGUGUUUUGAUGAAUGAAUUGGGAUUUGAUAAAGAUUUCAUCACACCUCUACGUCUGAGUUACAUCACGCCAAUAACUAGACUGUUGUAUCCAGAUUGGGGUGGAGACUCGCUAGACUCUCACAAAGCAUUUGUUGUGAAGUACAAGAUAGGGGAAGAUUUGUCCCUGAACUAUCAUUAUGAUAAUGCUGAGGUCACAGUUAACUUAUCACUGGAAAGUGAUUUUUCUGAAGGGUCGUUGUAUUUUGGAGGCAUGCGUCAUUUGCGCCUGGAAGAAACUGAAUGCACCGAGUAUUGCCACAAACCAACACAUGGCUUGAUUCAUCGUGGUCAACAUAUGCAUGGUGCUCUUCCAAUUUCACAUGGUGAACGAUAUAACCUGAUCAUCUGGAUGCGGUCCUCGAGGGUGAGGAAUAAAUUGUGCCCCAUGUGUGAUCGAAAACCUCAGCUUAUAAAGACAGUUGGUUUUGGAGAUGGAUUCACAAAAACGGAAAAACAAACAGUGGAUGUUUGUUGCGCCUUAUGAUCUAUAAUGUCAGAUUACGUUGAUUGUCAUAAAUACCGAGGCGGAUCUACAAAAAAUUAUCUAAAAUCACCUAGCAUAUAUGCAUGGUGUAUUUUUUAAGUAUGAUGCCAAACCCAAAUAUGGACAAUAUAAUAAAUGGCGAUUGUAAGUCUGAUUCUUCUUCUGAUAUUUUUAAUUUGAUUUGCAGUAAGCCUGAAUCAACAUUUUCGUUAUCUCACAUCAAUAUUCGACCUCUAAGUAAAAAUGUUGAGGAAUUUAAAAUAUUUUAUGAAUCAUUAGCUCAGAGUAACUUAAAAAUUAUAGCACUUUCUGAAGUUUUGCAAGUUUUAAAUAAAGAUUUAUACCAGUUAAAUAACUAUUCAUUAGAAAGAGGUGGAAGAGUCAGUGCUUAUAUACAUGAAUCAUUAAACCAUAAGGUUAUCAAUUAUAAUAUGUCAUUCUGAUUGUGAUAAUUAAUUGCUUUAAUUACUUUGUUUUAAUUGGAAAGAAUCUUGAAAGAGAGAUCAAUGAUAGACCUAUUGACAACCACAUGGCAUUCCUAAUAUGUAUCCAAAUUGCUUAUUUCUUUAUGGUACAACUGAAGAAGAAGUAUACAGAUAUUUUAAUAGGAUUAGAUAAAAAUAAAGCAGUUGGUGUGGACCAAAUUAAUAAUCCUAGCUGCAAAUUACAUUUCUAUACCACUUACAUAUAUAGUUACUGUAAUUUAUCAUUUUCCAGAUGCACUAAAAAGGACAAAGGUUAUUCCCAUUUUCAAAAAAGGAUCACCAUCUAACAGAGGAAAUUAUAGGUCAGUCUCCAUCUUACCUCAUUUAGUAAAGUCUUUAAAGAUAGUCAACAAGGAACUUACGUAGUACUUAAACCGAUUCGAUUUAUCCUCAUAGCACAAAACUUGCUAUUACAUUCUUAACGCAGAAAUUGUUGGAGAAAAUAAUUAUGACAAUGUAGUUUUUGGAAUAUUUUUAGAUUUUAAAAAUGCAUUCGAUACAGUGAACCAUGACACUUUUAAUAAUACAAAUUACGGGGAUACGGGGAUAACCUUUGUUUUAUUCAAAGAUUAUUUAAAUAAUUAAUAGAAAACAGUUUGUUAGUAUAAAUGGGAAUGAAUCAAAUGAACUCCCACUAACGCGUAGUGUACCACAAGGGUCUGUGUUAGGCCCACGCUGUUUCUUAUAUAUGUAAAUGAUUGCAAUUGCUACUAAUUACUUUGACACUCGCCUUUUUUGCAGAUGAUACCAGCUUAUUCAAUACCUUAUAUUCAUAUGAUAAUAUUCACUUACAUUAUGUAAAUGACCAAUUGAAACACAUUGUAGACUGGUGUGAUUUAAAUAAAUUAACAAUAAAUACAAAUAAAGCUAAGUAUAUUAUUUUUCGUGGUAAACACGUAGACUUGGUCCAAUCAAAUGGUGCAAUUUGUAUAAAAGUAGCACAAGUUGAUAGCAGAAUCUACAGUUACACAUUAAGAUAACUCUUGAAAAAAAUCUUGCAUGGAAAGAGCACAUUAAUAAGGUAAAUAAAAGUAUUAGAUCUAAGGCAGGCCUGCUUUAUAAAUUAAAGAAAAUUAUUCCUUCAUCAA